CGUCUAUGUUAGGCUCUCUAAAUCAGAUCAUAUUUAUCUACUGUUUUCAGGAAUUUAGGCAUAUGCCGUGUAGAUGGAAGUAACGCUCUAACCAGUGUCAAUUGAUAAUUAUAUGACAUUAGGCGAUAUCUUUACUUUGUGAUCGCUUCACUACUGAACUCUAAUAUCAUUAAAUCAUAUACACUGGGAAUCGUUUUGUGAUCGUCUUUUUGCCAUCAAAUAUAUUUCGAAAUUCCCCAUACUUAUUAAAUAAACAAUCAUUCGUUUGAUUUACAAUCGUGGAGGUCACAACUGUUCAGCAAACAGAAAACGGGUCAGUUGACCAUAAGAAAGUGAUAUAUAAAUUAGGUGAUCAACCCCCACCCUUGGCUACUGAAGAAGUAGAACAAAUAAUUACCAGUCAAGAUUGUGACAAAAGUGAUAUCGUGUUAGCAAGGUCAGGUGAAAUCCUUGAGGAAGAUCACACUGAUCGCUCUUCGAAAGAACUAGAAUUUGAGUUGGAUCAAGUUACUUGUAAUCAACAAUUGAAUAUAGCUGUUGACGAAGGAGCCUUAGUAUUCGACAACGACCUUCCAUCACCUCCGAUUUCAGUUUAUGAAGAGUUACAUAAAGAGAAUACUGGAGAAUUACCAGCAUUUCCUUUGACACCUUCGGUAAUUCCAGAAAAUUGUAUCAAAUCUGAAUUAUUGUCAAACCACCAACCAGAAGCGAUAUCUGAAUAUUGUACAGAUACUGAAAUUGGACAAAUUGUAGGUGAAACUCUAGAUAAAAUAAGUGAUAAUUACUUAGUUGAACCAAUUAAUUUUUCUUCAGAUUCCAUUCCAUCUACAAAGAACUUUACAGAAGAAGACGCUGAAAAUUCACUACAAGAGCCUACUGGAGAACAAUUGAAUAGUCAAUCCGUUGAAUACUUAGAAAAAAAUAUUGAUAUAGAGGUUCGAGUUGAUGAACAGAACGACCUCACUAGUAUAUGCGAACUGAAAGGCAAAACAAACAUUGAAGACAAAUCAACAGAAUUGCUUGACUUCCAAGAAGAAUCAAUCAGUUUAUUGAAUCCUGAAAACGAAGCAACCGAAUCAUCUCACGUAGAGAAAGAAUUUUCUACAUUAUCUACCAGUGAGAAACAAGUUAAUAAAUCGUCUGAUCUUGACGAAGAAAUAACUAAUCCGGUUUACAUCGAGAAAGUAACAAACGUUCCUGGUAAAUCAGAAAACCCUCAGACUUUUCUACCAUACAGCAAUAAAUCAUCUGUUGAAAUUUCGAAUUCCUUAACGUCUACUGAAUUUUGUCCAGAAGAAGAAGUAGUAGUAGUAGAAGACGAGCACAGUAGAAAUAGUAGUUCUACAAUUGGCGCUGAACUACUAGACGAAACACAUUCUAGCGCUUUGUUCGUAAAGUCUGUAACAUCAUCAGUACUAACCGAUUCACCAAAUCACUUGACAGAUACUAAUCAUCGAAAUUCAUUUGCAUCUAGUGAAGUUGUUCCAUCGAAACAUACUUUAUCAAUUGAUUCUCUAAGUGAAUCUGUGAAUAAUACUACAAAUACUAGUGACAACGAUAAUUUAAAACAAUUAACACUGAACACUUUAAAUUGUGAUACAUCAAUGAGUACUACAGUUGGUGUAUCUGAUAUUACAGCUGAUCAAUCGGAAAUCAAUCGGGAAUCAUACAUUUCAUAUCCAUCGUAUGACAUUGGCAAUACGCCAGCUCAAAGUUCUUUUGGACAUUUAAAUCAUCUGAAUCAUGGUGAAUAUCAAAACAGAUUAAAUGGUGGAGAAGAUGAAUAUUUACCAGGUGAUAUAAAAGAAAAUAUUAGUGGAAAUAAUAAUAGUAAUGAAGAUAUUCCAAUGAACGAUGAUCGAUCAGAGUAUACUAAUAUGAAAACAGAAGAAAGUUAUCACGAUUCUACGUGUCCAUCGCAUUCAGAACAAGAAUUGGAUCAAGACAUUUUGAAAAAUGAACAUUGCAAAAAUGAACUGGUUACUGAACAAAAUAUGGAAUGUCUAAAUAUUCAAAAUGUUGAAAAUCAACAAAAAUUAUCUUUUAAUCAAAUCAAAGAAGAUUUAGAGAAAAAGAACGUGAUUGGUUCCCUUCAACCACUACGACCUGAACAAUAUAUUAUGCAUCAUCAGGCUGGUUUGAUUAAACAACAAGAAAUGUUAAUUUUAAAUCCACAAACUGGCGAUGUAUUAAGUGAUCAAUAUUCAUCACAUAAUCAAACAAAUACAAUAACAACAGGUGGCACACAUCACUUCGCUAGAAAUAUAGCAUCCAAUAAUUCUGUGGUAGUCCCUACAGGCGGAAAUGUUAGUGGUCCUCCAGUUGGAUCUGGAACAAUAGCAGGUCAACAGAAAGGUUCUACUAUUUAUCCUAAAACUGGUCAAAAUCCUAUUGAUGGAGGAACAAAUGGAGGUGUUGGUGCUAACAGCAGUGGAAAUGCUGGCGGUGGCCCUGGAAAAAGUGGAGCUUUAGUUGGUGGUGGUUUGGAUAGAUCUCGACAAGUAUAUAAUAUGUUUGAAUGUCAAAUGUCACAACUUACAGUAUUUUUGGAUCGUGCACUUAUAUGUAGACGUAUUAGACCACGUUUCAAUGCAUCGGAUAUUACAGAAGUUGUUUUUGAGCAUUUAUCACCAGCUAUUGAUAAAGAUUCUAUUCGUGUGGAAAUUCGUGGAGCUGCAACUAUUCUAGAUGUGAGCUUUUCAGCAAAAUCAUUAUCUGGUGAAGAAGAUACUUGGUCACAAUGUGUUAAUGAGCUAUUAGUUGAAUUACGCCAAUGUCGUCGUCGUGCAGAUAAUCUAGUCAAUAGAAUUAUCCGUACAGAAAAACAACGUUGUGUUCUUGAAACAUUUGCUGAUAGUUUGUCACGUCGUGAAGAUGAGAUUCUGUUAGGCGGUAAUCAUCACGGUCAUGUGGCAUUGAAUAAUUUACCAAAUCAUACGGGUGUUGCAGAUCAAGUAAAUAAUAUCCCGUCACAAGGAGCAACAUUAUCGGGAGGAACAACACCAGCAAACGCUCAGAUGGCCGCAAUGACUGCGGAACAUAAAUGCAUAAAUGAUAUCAUUAAUCCUUAUGAUCCAAGAAAUGUGGAAACGUUGCAUAAAUUUCUUGAAAUUUACAAAGAUGAAGCUGAACGAUUUGAUACAGUUUUAAUGGAUACUACUGAAGAAUUGGAACAAGUUCGUACACGAAUUGAGACAUUGGAAAAAGAAGUUCGUGAUAUAGAAUUAAAGCAAGAUGAACAUUUAGCCAGAGAAUUAAGUGUACUUGUUGAACCAAGAGAAACAGGUCAAGUUGAAAUGCUUGUUUCUUAUGUGGUAAAUCGUUGUGGAUGGAAACCAGCUUAUGAUAUUCGUAUUUUUAACAAUGAUGGAACAAUGAAAAUAGUUUAUUAUGGUAUGGUUCAACAAGCUACUGGUGAAGAUUGGGAAACGCGUUAUAUGACUUUAUCGACUGCACAACCCGGUAUAGGUGGUACAGUUCCACAUUUAGGCGUACAACGAGUACAUUUUCGUCGAGACGUAUCGCCUGAUUCUAGUCGUCAGUUACAAAGUAUAGACAAAUCUAAUUUAAAUGAAAAAACAUCUCGACUACCAUCUGCUGGUACAAUUCCUUCUUAUUCUAAACGUAUUUCUGCCAAUGCAGCUGUAUUUUAUCAAACACCUCCAUUGCAACGUUCCGAUUUUACGCGUGGAUUAAAUGAUAAUAUUUCAUAUGAAAUGAGUGAUCGUCUUUCUGCAUAUUAUGACAAUUCAACUGAAUAUUGCUCUACACUUGGACGAAGUGAUAGUAUGGCAUCAACUACGUUGCAUUCAUCUCUUGGUCGUCGAAAUAAACUACAUCCAAGAUCGAAAUCACGUGAAACAAUACGUACUAUAACUCAGCGUGAUGGUAUCACACCAUCUGGAACACUGCAACGUGGUGGUAGUAUUGAAAGUACUUAUGCAACUGGAUUACGUUCCUCUAGCACUAGACCUAUCAGUAGACGUACAUUAGGAUCAAGUAUGUUGUUCAACUCCGUCACUUCUCAGAGUCCUUUGUUGUCAAAUCGAAUUUCUACUUUAAUGAAUUCACAACCUGCACUAUUGCCUACAUCACAACAAUCUGCACCGCCUGUUGGAACAGUUGCAACGAUACAACUGGAGGUCCCACGACCCCCGGCAAUAAUUCGGUGUGAUAACGAACCUAAUCGUGUCACUGUCGGGUUGUUAGAUUUACAACCACGUUAUGAAUACGUAACUGUGCCAAAGCGUUCUUUGUAUGCUUAUUUGAAAGCGACAGCCGUGAACAACACGGAGUUUUCUAUCUUGGCUGGUCCAACUAACAUAUAUGCCGAUAAUACUUUUAUUGGAAAAUCUGAAAUACGUGCUGUCGCUCCAGGCGAAGAGUUUAAUUGUCACUUAGGCGCUGAGAAUGGUAUAAAAAUACUGUAUCGCCCAUUAUUCAAAUAUCGUGAAGGUACCGGUUCGAGUGGAAAAAAUGCUACAAUGACAUUUAAACAAUUAAUUGAAGUACGUAAUACAUUUGAUCGUCGUGUGCGUCUAAUGGUUGUUGAUCAAGUUCCAGUCAGUGCAGAGGAUAAAAUUAAAGUUAGCCUUUUAGAGCCAACAAUUAAACAUCCAGAAAAAUAUGAUAAAAAUAGACCAAUCAGAAUGAAUAAAUUCAAUAAUGUUGAAUGGGACUUGGAUCUAGGUCCAGGUGAAAUUCGUGAAUUAACACUGAAAUAUUCAGUGGAGCAUCCAAUCAAUGAAGAUUUAGACGUUUCUGUUUCUGAAAACUAAAAAAAAUAGCUACAAACUGGAGCAUAUUCAAUUGUUACAAUAUACAUUUGGGUUUUCAUUGUAGAAGGGGAAAGGGAAUCUGGGAUUUUAUCAAACGUAUUCCUUUCUGAUUUUUCUCAUUUUAUUAUUAUUAUUAUUAUAAUCAUUGAUUAUUGGUAAUUAAAAUAUUGAUAAUAAUAAUUACUAUUAUUAUUACCAUUAUUAUUACUAUUAUUAGCAUUAUUAUUGCUUGACAGUUUAUUUCAAUUUCUUUUCGGUGCUUUUUCGCAUUAUUUCUAUUGAAAUAGCUUAUGCUUCAAUGAUUUUGUUGUUGUUGUUGUCAUUUGAUACUAAGGGAUCCAGUUCGAUUGAUACUAUUCAUUUCGAAUACCCACUUCUACAUUAUACUAAAAACAAAAUAAUAAAAACUCAUUUUUAAUAACCGAAUGAUAUCAGCACACAUAUACUAAUUAUUAUACAAAUAAAUUGGAAUGGAACUAGUCUACAAUUGCAUAACAAUAAACACAGUAACCAUGAUAGCAACUAAAUGGUAUAUUAUUGAUUUCUAAAAAAAGAAAUUAUCAUCGGUGUUUCAAUAUGGUUAUUAACUUUUUUUGAAUGUUCAAUUUUGUUCUGUUGUUUUACGCAUAGUACUAACAUAUUUUAUUUUAUUUUAUAUUCUUAUAUAUAAAAAUUAAAUUUAAAUUUUACCGCUUGUUAUUUGUAUUGCUUUAAAGGGUGAUUAUUAUUAUUAUUAUUAUUAUUAUUAUUAUUAUUAUUA